CGGAUCGGUUCAUACAAGACACUGAGAGAAACUGAAAGAUCGUCUGACUUGCCAAAAAUCGUCGCAAAGUAUCUCACUUUCUUUCUCUCUCUCUCUCUCUCUUCAAUGGCGGAAGGUGGAGGAGGUGACUCUCCAGUUCCACCGUCAGAAAACAACGGCGGAGAGUAUCUACUCUCCCUUCUACACAGAAGACCUAACCAGCAGACCAACAAUACCAAUCCAUCGAUCAGACCAUCUCCUCCUCCUCCCCAGCAGCAGCAACAACAGUCGUUCGCUGUCGAUCCAGCAAUCGCAGCCGUUGGCCCAACCGUUAAUUCUUUCACUCCGUCUAAUUGGCCGUCCAACGGUACUCCUCCUCCUUGGCCGCACGCCUCAUCAUCGCCUCCCAACUUCUCGCCCAAUCUGUUAGGGUUUCCUCAAUUUCAGCAAAACCCUUUUACUUCAAACCAAUUCGAUGGGAAUCAAAGAGAAUCAGCAGAAGAUGCUGCUUAUAGAUUAGGGUUUAAUGGAGCUGUUAAUCAUCACUCGAUUCAGCAGUCGCCGCCGCAAAGGCUUGUUUUUGGUUCUUUUUCGGGAGAUGCUACUCAAAGCCUUAAUGGUGGUGGUGGUGGGUUUCUCAACGGGAGCCUCAACUCUAGCAAAGAUCCAAACUUUCCUCGUCUUGGGAGCAUUGGGAGAGGGAACUGGGGUCCCAUUGGUAAUAACGGCAGGGGUGGUUCCAAGUCUACUCCUCCUCCUCCUCCUCCUGGAUUCUCUAGUAGUCAACGAGGAUUUGAUAGAGAUUUGGGAAGUAGGGAUGGUGAUAGAGGGAUGAUAGGUAGUUCACAGAGAAGUCAUCAUGAUGAUAGAGGAAUGAUGGGUAAUUUCCAGAGGAAUCAUGAUGACAGAGGGAUGAUGGGUGGUUUCCAGAGGAAUCAUGAUGAUAGAGGAAUGAUGGGUAAUUUCCAGAGAAGUCAUGAUGAUAGAGGGAUGUUGGGUAGUUUCCAGAGAAGUUAUGAUGGUAGAGGAAUGAUGGGUAGUUCUCACAUGAAUCAUGAUAAUGCAAAGGGCGAGGGUUCUAAUGUAUGGGAUAAAAGUGGUGUUGAUUUGAGUGCUGAGAAUGAUAGGUUAAGGAGAUUAUCUAUCCAGAGUGAGGGAAGGUUCAAUCUUAGCCAACAGAUUGAUCAUCCUGGACCACCUAUGGGUAAAAAUCUGCAUUCUGUAUCGGCAGCUGAUGCACAGGAUUCGUUUUCGAUGCUGAACAAGGAAGCUCGUGGUGGUGGAGGUGGUGGUCAAUACAAAGAGGAAUUGGGACAAUUGAGUAAGGGAAAGAGGGAAGGCAAUGGGGAGAUUGGCCCUGCUGAUGAAGAAAAUGAGAGUUUUGGAGAAGAUAUUGUUGAGUCUGUAUUGGUUGAAGACGAAACUGAUGCCAAAGAUGGGAAGAAAACUAGCAGGACUUCUCGCGAAAAGGAAUCGAGAAUGGACACUCGAGGUCAGUGGUUACUCGGCCAAAGGUUAAGAAAUGUUAAAAGGUACAUGGCAUGCCGAAACGACAUCCGCAGGCAUGAUGCACCUUUCAUUGCUGUGUACAAGUCCCUGAUUCCCGCAGAAGAGGAGCUGGAGAAGCAGAAACAACUAAUGGCCAAGCUAGACAAUCUAGUCGCCAAUGAAUGGCCUAACGCAAAGCUAUAUCUCUACGGGUCAUGUGCCAACUCCUUUGGCUUUCCGAAGAGCGACAUCGAUGUUUGCCUUGCGAUCGAAGACGAUGAUGUCAACAAAUCAGAGAUGCUGUUGAAACUUGCAGAUAUUUUGGAAUCAAAUGACUUCCAGAAUGUUCAGGCACUUACACGAGCUAGAGUUCCAAUAGUGAAACUCAUGGAUCCUGUCACUGGGAUAUCGUGUGAUAUAUGUAUCAACAAUGUGCUAGCUGUCGUGAACACAAAGCUCCUGCGGGACUACUCGCAGAUAGAUGGCCGUCUAAGGCAAUUAGCUUUCAUUGUCAAACACUGGGCGAAAUCGAGAAAGGUCAAUGAAACUUAUCAAGGAACACUCUCCAGCUAUGCGUAUGUUCUUAUGUGCAUUCAUUACUUACAACUACGUAGCCCACCAAUCCUUCCUUGCUUACAGGAGAUGGAGCCGACAUACUCAGUUCGGGUUGAUAAUAUCCGGUGCGCAUACUUUGAUAAUGUUGAAAGACUGAGUACGUUCGGAUCAAGUAACAGGGAGACCAUAGCCGAGCUGGUGUGGGGAUUUUUCAACUACUGGGCUUACGGGCACGACUAUGCCAAUACCGUUGUAUCUGUCCGCACCGGUUCCAUACUUGGGAAGCGAGAGAAGGACUGGACGAGGAGGGUUGGGAACGAUAGGCACUUGAUAUGCAUCGAGGAUCCGUUUGAGACAAGCCAUGAUCUGGGUCGGGUUGUGGAUAAGUUUAGUAUCAGAGUGUUGAGGGAAGAGUUCGAGCGAGCUGCAAAGAUUAUGCAUCAGGAUCCUAACCCAUCUGCCAAGCUAUUCGAACCAUAUGUUCCUGGAGAUAAUAAUAAUAUUAGCAUUGGCCAAGGCCACAAUUAAGUUUCACAAAAAUUGAAUCAGGUUCGUGUGUUGUUGGCUUGUAUAUAUUUAUGUUUAGAUUCUCUCUCUCCCUCCACUUGUUUUUUUUUGUUGUUUUGGAUGGUUGCUUGCGACACUAUCAAAUAGUAUUUGUUUGAUUAUA